AUGUGGCAAUCUUCAUUAUUUAUCCUAUUGAUCGCAUCAACAGCAUGCGCAUUUGUGCCCCAAUCUCCAUCUCCCUUGGUCCAAACGACAACCGAGCUUUCCGCAAAAUCACAAAAACAACAACACUCUUUCGAACACGCUCUGGCAUCCUCCUUUUUGGCCGCUUCUUUGACAGUAGCAGCCUCCAAUCCACUUCCAGCACAAGCGUAUUCAUCAUCCGACUAUGCGAGUGACACAGUCCAAGAUGUCGUAACUACCUUGAAACAAAACAGAGGCAAUAUGGACGGUACUUUCCAAGCGUAUGAAUCGAUUGCCGAAAUCAUUACCCAAGGAAAGGGUAUCGGAGGAAUGGUCAACUACAAGGGUGUCGCAUUGGAGCGUGGAUAUGUUGCCGAUGAAGAUACUUCCGUUUACAAUCCAGGAUUGACCCUCUUGACCGAGUCGGAAAAGGAACGAUUGGUCGAAGCGGUUGUGGAUGCCCGAAAGGAGGGUCUCCAACAGGGAAAGUGGGACCAGAAUAUUGAACAAGCCUACAAUGAAGUCAAGGGCAAGCUUGACCCAUUUCACACUUACGAACUCAAGGGAUUCCUAGGGUUUGUCCCCUAUUACGGGGCUAUUUUGUAUUUGGUAGUCUUUGGUGUGCAGCAGUUCGCUCGGGGGCUUUUUCCAGUGGCCUAUGGAAUGGGUGUCUUGGCCUUUUUCGGACCCAUCAUUGCAAUCAUUGCGGCUGGGCCACAAUAG